AUAGUUGGGCCCAAAUCAUCGGAUCUGGAUCUUGUUUUCAUUUCAACGCUUCGGGCCCAUUAUUUUUUCUUCAGCAAUUUAUGCAAAAAUGUCAAACGCGAGAAUUGAGGAAGAGGAGGAAGAAGAAGAAAAGCUUCAUUUUUUCAGGAGAUACUGUUGAAGCGGCAUGGCAAGAGUCGUCGAAUCGGAUUCGGGUUCUGUUGGUUCCAAUGUACUGAGUCUUGACUCAAUCAGAGAAUCGUUGAUUAGGCAAGAAGACACCAUCGUCUUCAGCUUGAUAGAGAGAGCUAAGUUUCCACUCAAUUCCCCUGCAUUCGAAGAAUAUCGUUAUCUAGAUUCUGGAAAUUCUUCUUCUCUCACUGAGUUUUUUGUCAGAGAGAUAGAAACCAUCCAAGCUAAGGUAGGAAGAUAUGAUAACCCGGAAGAGAAUCCAUUCUUCCUAGAGAACAUUCCUCACUCGGUUUUUCCUACGCACAAAUAUCCACCGGCUUUGCACCCUAAGGCUUUAUCCGUUAACAUAAACAAACGCAUUUGGGAUGUUUACUUUAAAGAAUUGCUUCCUUUGUUCGUCAAACCUGGUGACGAUGGCAACUAUCCAUCAACUGCUGCUAGUGAUCUCGCCUGUUUACAAGCUCUUUCAAAAAGGAUUCACUACGGUAAAUUUGUAGCUGAGGUCAAAUUCAGAGAUGCUCCACAAGAUUAUGAGCCUGCCAUUCGCGCUCAGGAUACAGAGGCUUUGAUGAAGCUUUUGACGUUUGAAAAAGUAGAAGAAAUGGUUAAGAAGAGAGUGCAGAAGAAAGCAGAAACGUUUGGGCAAGAAGUAAAAUGCAUCACUGACUCUGGUGAUGAGAGUGAGAAGAAGUAUAAAGUGGAUCCAUUACUUGUCUCUCGCAUCUAUAGAGAAUGGCUUAUCCCUCUCACUAAGCUCGUUGAGGUUGAGUAUCUUCUACGUCGUCUCGAUUGAAUUUCAUUUGUAUCCAAAUCUGGGCCUGUUAAAGUGGGCCUUAGGUUUAUAAGUGGGCCUGUUGAUAUUUGUCAUUGUCAGGAUAUGAUAGAAUAAUUGAGUGAAGGAACA